AUGGAUGACGUUCGAGAAGAGAAGAACCAUAUUUUCAAUAUAAGGUUGGCCAAAUGUACAGGUCUAUAUCAAAUGUUGGAUCCCGGAACCACAAAAUGUCUAGGUCGAAACGUCUAUCAUAUCGCUUUGGCGUUCAUUUUGAUGUAUUUAUGCGCAGUUUCGAUAAUGUCGACUGUUAGCUGUUUGUACUAUUGGACGGACAAUAUGUUGAUAAGUCUAGAAGAUUUCGGGAAAGUGGAAACUGCGCUGUUCGUGAUCUACAAAAUGUGGAUCGUCAUCCACCACUCGAACGACAUAUGGAACUGUUUGUCGAUCACGCGGUACGGUUUCACGUCGUUCGGCUUUCGGGAGAGGCACAUACUGGAUCGUUGGCGAAAACGUUCGAUGAAGUGCUCGAACUUGUUUGCCAUCACGUAUUUGAUUUGUGUGACCAUUUUUGUGGGCACUACACAGGCGUUCCGUAACAAAACAACACCGGUCAAAAAUCGCGACGGUUCGGUCGGUUAUUACCGACAGAAUAUUAUGAAUUUCUACAUAAUUGUAUCCGACGAAACGUACAACUCGCAUUACAAUAAGUUUUGCUUUGCCGAAGCGCUGUUCACCGUCUCUAUAGGAAUGUUAUUCCUCAUAUUUGAUACUCUUCUGGCCACACUGUGCUUUGCUAUUUGCGGUCAAAUGCAAAUAAUUAACGCUACGUUCGAAUCGGUCGGACAUAAGUCGAUACGUGAUUCUCAUUCCCCAGUUGACUACAUUGUGGACGGAAAAAUAAAGAUGUCUAAAGUACACGAUUUAAUAUAUGAUGAAUUGAAAACAAUUUUA